AUGAUGGUGUCAGAGUCGGAUGGAAUGAAUCAAAUGAAUAAUUCUGGACGACAACCUGCUUCAAGUGUUGCUGCUCCAGGAAAGCUGAAAGGCAGACAACAACGCUCUGUAAUAGGAAAUUCUGAAAUUUCACCGUCAUUAGUGUUAAACGAAAGACCAGGUGUUCGAUAUUUGUGCUGUGACCGAUUCUUCAAAUGUGAUGGACGUAAUUUGAUUGCACGGGAAAUUUGGCCCUCAGAUGGUGGCUGUAUUGAGUUAAACAGAAAAGAAUUGAAGCGUUUCAUUAUAAAUAAUGAAGCCAAAAGGCUAAAUGGAUCAAAGAUGAGUAGACAUAUUGCUGGCGGAAGUUUACCGAGAUGUGCAAGUGACAUUUCAAGGAAUGACAAUACGCUGACCACUGGAAGAAGUAUCCAAUCUUUCACUUCAAUGUACAGACAAGAUCAUAAUGAAAUAUGUCAGCAGAAAAGAGAAAGAAGUUUCACUGAGCUUAAUUCCACAUCAUCUGCAAUCCACAGUAAUGAAGAUUUGAAAACGCGACGACAACUUUGUGUUCAAGGAAAUUUUGCACAAGUUAUCAAAGACACAUCAUCAGAAAUAAGUAUAACAUCGAUCACUGAAUCACCUGAAACUUUGAUCAGUAGUGAAAUAACAGGUCUCACGAUCCCAAAUGUUGAUGAAUUGUCUUCAGACGAAACCGAACCACCAACUGAUGCUCAUAACUUCGUACAAAAUAAAGGAGAUCAAUUGAUACCAGCGAUGAAACCCGAUGGUACCAUUGUUAUACCUGGAGUUGUACAUGUGGAGAAUUUUGAAGGUUUGAAUGGCGUUGUGCUCGAACUGAAAGUGCUUAUCAAGAGUCCGAAGGAAUCCAGACGAUUCACUCUCAAAAUCGACUGCCCCCACUUCAAACCAAAAACGGUCAAAGUAAAUGGAAUCAAAACUCAAAUCUUUUAG